CUCAGGAAACAUUUUCACUUUGUCUUAAAAGCUGAAAAUUUUCCUUUCCACCAUACCAAAUUUACCUAUUUUUUCUACAUUACAAGACACCUCUCUUUUUUUUCCAUUUGGUUCAUUCACAUAAACUCGUAUAUACACACACAUACAAUAUUUAUUCUCAUCUGGGCAAUAUCGAUCGAGUUUAUUUAAUAUUAAUCCUUUUUCUUUUUUGAAAAAAUCCUUGUAUCUAUUUUGUGGGGCACAUUUUUUCCCCCGGUGAAGAGUAUGGAACUUUCUAAGGAAAAUAACAACGGAUCAUCAUCGUUGGAGUUUUGUAAUAGCACCACCACCACUACUACAGUGGGUUAUGAUCCGUUGAAUUGGACGGCGAUGGCUGACUCACUCAAGGGUAGUCAUUUGGAUGAGGUCAAACGUAUGGUGAACGAGUACCGCAAACCGGUGGUCCGACUCGGGGGAGAGACGCUGACCAUAUCUCAGGUUGCGGCUAUAGCGAACCAGGAGUCGAACCAGGUUCAUGUUGAGCUGGCCGAGUCAGCUCGGGCUGGGGUAAAGGCCAGCAGCGAUUGGGUCAUGGAUAGCAUGAACAAAGGUACGGACAGUUAUGGUGUCACCACCGGAUUUGGUGCGACCUCCCACAGGAGAACCAAGCAAGGAGGAGCCCUUCAGAGGGAGCUGAUUAGAUUCUUGAACGCUGGAAUAUUCGGUGUCGGAACAGAAUCAUGCCACACACUGCCGCACUCUACGACGAGGGCGGCGAUGCUGGUGAGGAUCAACACCCUCUUGCAAGGCUAUUCUGGUAUUAGAUUUGAGAUUUUGGAAGCCAUAACAAAGCUCCUUAACAACAACAUUACCCCUUGUCUCCCACUCCGCGGAACCAUUACGGCCUCUGGGGACUUGGUUCCCCUCUCCUACAUUGCUGGGCUUCUCAUAGGCAGGCCUAAUUCCAAAGCUGUUGGGCCCAACGGGGAGAUUCUCACCCCAGCCGAAGCCUUCCAAAAGGCCCAAAUCGAAAGCGAUUUCUUCGAGCUCCAGCCCAAAGAAGGUCUCGCCUUAGUGAAUGGCACCGCCGUCGGUUCCGGCUUGGCCUCCGUUGUCCUCUUUGAGGCCAACAUCUUGGCCGUACUUUCAGAGAUCAUGUCCGCCAUUUUUGCUGAAGCCAUGCUUGGAAAACCUGAAUUCACAGACCAUUUGACCCAUAAACUGAAACACCACCCGGGGCAGAUCGAAGCGGCAGCGAUAAUGGAGCACAUUCUGGACGGAAGCUCAAUACUCAAAGCAGCUGCGAAGGUUCAAGAAAUGGAUCCUCUUCAGAAGCCCAAGCAAGAUCGAUAUGCUCUCAGAACGUCGCCCCAAUGGUUGGGUCCACAGAUUGAGGUAAUUAGAACUGCGACGAAGAUGAUCGAGCGAGAGAUUAACUCCGUCAACGACAAUCCAUUGAUUGAUGUUUCGAGGAACAAGGCUCUCCACGGCGGAAACUUCCAGGGUACGCCGAUCGGUGUCUCCAUGGACAACACUCGCUUGGCUUUAGCUUCGAUCGGGAAACUCAUCUUUGCUCAAUUCUCAGAGCUCGUCAACGAUUUCUACAACAACGGGUUACCUUCUAACCUCUCCGGUGGAAGAAACCCUAGCUUGGAUUACGGAUUCAAGGGUUCUGAGAUCGCCAUGGCUUCUUACUGCUCUGAGCUCCAAUUUCUGGCAAAUCCAGUCACCAACCACGUCCAGAGUGCCGAACAGCACAAUCAGGAUGUGAAUUCGUUGGGUCUGAUCUCAUCGAGGAAGACGCAAGAGGCGGUGGAGAUUCUGAAGCUGAUGUCGUCCACAUUCUUGAUAGCGCUCUGCCAAGCCAUCGAUCUGAGGCACAUGGAGGAGAAUCUCAGGAACACAGUGAAGAACACAGUAAGUCAAGUGGCAAAGCGAGUCUUGACAACCGGUUCCAACGGCGAGCUUCAUCCGUCGAGGUUCUGUGAGAAGGAUCUGCUCAAGGUCGUCGACCGCGAAUACGUCUUUGCCUACAUUGACGAUCCCUGCUUAGCCACAUAUCCACUGAUGCAGAAGCUGAGGCAAGUCCUGGUAGAGCAUGCUCUGGAGAACAACAAUGGCGAGCAGGAGAAGAACGCAAGCACCUCCAUCUUCCAAAAGAUCGCGACGUUCGAGGCUGAACUGAAGAAUCUCUUGCCUAAGGAGGUAGAAAACGCCAGAAUCGAGAUCGAAAAUGGAAAAUCGGCGAUUCCGAACCGAGUCAACAACUGCAGAUCUUACCCAAUUUACCGAUUCUUGAGGGAAGGGCUUGGUACCGGAUUAUUGACCGGCGAGAAGGUUCGGUCUCCUGGAGAAGAAGCCGAUAAGGUUUUCACAGCCAUGUGCCAAGGACAGUUGAUCGAUCCUAUUCUUGCUUGUUUGAAUGAGUGGAAUGGUGCCCCUCUUCCAAUAAACUCCGAAUAAUUUUAUUUAAUCUAUUAAUAUAUAUGGUUUUGUAAUUUUCACAGUUUUAAAAUGAUAUUUUUUUUCAAAUGGUACCGUGGAUUUUAUUUUACAGGAUUUUAUAGUAAAGACACUAAUGAAAAUCCUGUAAAGAAUAAUUUGUUAUUGUAAGUGUAUUUUUUUCUUUCUAAAAUUGAAAACUUGGAAUGUAUUUGCUUAAAGACACUUAUGAAAGUGUAGGUUUCACUGACAUUUUUUUCUUUCA